UUCUUAUAUUGUGUCGUAUUGGUGAAAUAUCGGUCGUGACGCGUGUGUUGUGCAACAAUAAUACUGGAUUUCUCCCUAAAAACUUUCUCUGUUUUAUUAAAUCACGAAGCAAACGAUUGUUUUGAAGAUGACGGGUGCGGCGUGACCACGGACGGGCUGCUCAGCGCCCUGGCCCGCCUGCGCCGCGCCCCGCCCCCCCUCCACGGCCCCUCCGCAAACCACUCACGACCCUCGGAUGGGCGUCACCAAUCUCCCAACAUCCAGCCGUCUCGACCCUCCCCUGAAAUCACCGCAGGUGUGGACAGUAACAUGACAGUAACACGCGGCGAGGACUCCCCCGAAAGGUCGGGCGGCGCCCUCCGACGCCUGCACUACAAGGCCACGCGCAGGGCGCAUUCCGCCGCCGCCCGCCACCACAAUGCUGGUACUCCACCCAAGGUUGUCGUCAUGGGCAGCAGCACGACCUCGGACAAGACCAUCAACACGAGCACUGAUUCAGCGGCCACUGCCCUCACUUCCAUCACGGGAACAGAUGAUUCCAUGGACGCCGAGCCUGAACCUCCCGAGCUACCACACAACCCUCCAAGCCUUAUCGACGCAGAACCCAUCCAAAACCCUCCAAGCACCGCCCCGCCACAUUACCACAGACCCCAGAAUAGCUGUGACAUUGACUCCCCUGCUUACACAAAACCUCAGUCGGCCACAGAGGUCCUAGACUCCCCAAGGCCAGGCCCAGCCCGUUUCAUUUUUGACGUUCCACUUCCAGAUCCUCGAAAAGCAGAUAAAACGCGUAACAAAACCCAAGUGACUCAAGUGGGCGCCUCGACAUCCGUUAAAAAUUCUUACGACCAAAAAAUAGAACCUCCUAAAAGCCCUAAAAUUACGCAGAACAAAUACGAAACGCAUUUUAAUUUUGAACCUGACCCCGCGAAGAGGAGAGGCAGUGAACCUCGCGUGAAAAAGAAAGAGAAAGAGUAUUACAAGGACGAAGUGGCCAAGUUACGGAGACAGUUGGAAGGGACGGAAGUCUUUGCGACUAGCAGAAGAAGAUCUUCGACGCACCAACAUUCUGUUCCACCGCCGUCUUCUAGGAGACAGUCCACAGCAGCCCAGGUCCACGUCACAGCCAACCCGUUGGACUCAGCAGCUACCACCAUCCCAGCCGGCAGGACCACCAUCGUAGUCCAACAACCAUCUCUGUCGUUGGACUACGGAGGGUGCUCCACGUUCCUAGUUAGAGAAGGCGAAGAUGGAAGGAGAAAAAGUAGGAUCUGCACUGACCACCUGCAACAGCUCCUUGACGUGACCAGCCAGUUCACGUCGGAAGACUUGCAUGAGUUCGACAAGAGAUAUGGAAGUCCACAUCACUCGAGAUCCCAGUCAGUGAAGGCCCAAAGAUCGAGAACGGGAGAACGACAGCUCCUCGGUCUGCCGCAGCAGAGAGCCAGGGUGGCUUCCAUGCCUAACACGGGAGUGGAAGAGGAAUAUUACAGGCUUCGGCAUUUCAGUAUAACUGGUAAGGGCGUAGUGAACCGCGGUGACUCCUUGCGCUCCCGAAGGUCUCGUUCCAACACGUCGGUGGCCUCCAGCGCUUCUAGCACCGAGGUCGCCAAACGAGCCUCAGCGCCCUGCUCCUUGGCAUCAUCCAGGUACCUUUGGGACUCAUCAGCCGGUCUCAGUUCCUACAGAGUGCUGGUGUUAGGAGGUCCUGGAGUCGGAAAGUCGAGUCUGGUGGGACAGUUCAUGACUUCGGAAUAUCUUCAUGCGUACGACACUAGCAUAGAUGACGAAUCUGGCGAGAGAUCUGUCUGCGUGCUACUUGCUGGAGAGGAAUCCGAGAUAACCUUUCUGGAUUCGCCACCAGAUCAUGUAGUGUCCGAAGGUUGUGCCCACGGGUACUGCGUGGUUUACUCCACGGCAGACAGGAGCAGUUUCGUGGAAGCUGAGAGGAGAUUGCAGGUUCUGUGGGCCGCUGGACACACCUCGCGCCGUGCUGUCAUCCUGGUCGGAAAUAAAGCGGAUCUGGCGAGAUCAAGGGUCGUACCUACUGAUGAGGGCAAGAGCUUGGCUACAUCUUACGACUGCAAGUUCAUUGAGACGUCUGUCGGCAUCAACCACAACGUGGACGAGCUGCUGGUCGGACUCCUCACUCAGAUCCGACUCAAGCAACAGCACGCCGAGAAGGCCAAGAAACGCAGCGGCUCACGCAAGAACAGAAGUCGCGCCAGGUCUCCGAUGGAGAGCGAGCAGCCCGCACCAGCCCCGGCCUCCUCCUCCGCGGCCAGCACGCCCAGGAAGAGGACCCGACUCUCGGCCAGUGUCAAGGUCCGAGGUCUCCUGGGGCGCGUGUGGGCGCGUGACUCCAAGUCGAAGUCGUGCGAGAACCUGCAUGUCCUCUAGCAUUCGGUCGCCGAGCCCGUCGCCUGCUUCCCGUUCUUCGACUGCGCCGCCAACUACGCCUAAGAGCACCCCCCCCCCAACCAAACACUCCCCCCCCCCGCGCUCCCCACCCGCACACUGUUGCAGCUCUCGAAAUCGAAAACGCGCAAUGGAACGCAAUAAGGUCAACGUCCCCAACG